CGGCGGAAGUCGGAAGCAGAGGUCCAAAUUGCGCGUGGUGGCCAUGGCGGCGAGCGGGGCUGUGGAACCGGGGCCCCCGGGGGCUGCUGUCGCCCCCUCGCCCGCCCUGGCCCCGCCGCCUGCCCCUGAUCACUUGUUCCGGCCCAUCAGCGCCGAGGACGAGGAGCAGCAGCCCACCGAGAUCGAAUCGCUAUGCAUGAACUGUUACUGCAAUGGCAUGACGCGCCUCCUGCUCACGAAGAUUCCCUUCUUCAGAGAAAUAAUCGUGAGCUCCUUUUCCUGCGAGCACUGUGGCUGGAACAACACGGAAAUCCAGUCGGCAGGCAGGGUCCAGGACCAGGGAGUACGAUACACUUUGACCGUCAGGGCUCCAGAGGACAUGAAUAGAGAAGUGGUGAAGACUGACUCUGCUACCACAAGGAUUCCUGAGCUAGAUUUUGAAAUUCCUGCCUUUAGCCAGAAAGGAGCUCUGACCACUGUUGAAGGAUUGAUCACCCGUGCUAUCUCUGGCCUGGAGCAGGACCAGCCUGCACGAAGGGCAAACAAAGAUGCUACAGCUGAAAGAAUUGAUGAGUUCAUUGUCAAACUGAAGGAGCUAAAGCAAGUAGCCUCCCCUUUCACUCUGAUCAUUGAUGAUCCCUCAGGGAACAGCUUUGUGGAAAACCCACAUGCUCCUCAGAAAGAUGAUGCCCUGGUGAUCACACACUACAACCGGACCCGACAUCAGGAAGAGAUGCUGGGGCUCCAAGAAGAAGCACCAGCAGAGAAGCCAGAAGAGGAAGAUCUCAGAAAUGAAGUGCUCCAGUUCAACACAAACUGCCCAGAAUGCAAUGCCCCCGCUCAGACCAACAUGAAGCUAGUACAAAUCCCUCACUUUAAGGAGGUUAUCAUCAUGGCUACCAACUGCGAGAACUGUGGGCAUCGGACCAAUGAGGUGAAAUCUGGAGGAGCAGUAGAACCCUUGGGCACCAGGAUCACCCUCCACAUCACAGAUCCCUCAGAUAUGACCAGAGACCUCCUCAAGUCUGAGACUUGCAGUGUGGAAAUCCCAGAGCUAGAAUUUGAACUGGGAAUGGCUGUCCUUGGGGGCAAGUUCACCACCCUGGAAGGGCUGCUGAAAGACAUCCGAGAACUGGUGACCAAAAAUCCUUUCACACUGGGUGACAGUUCCAGUCCUUGCCAGAAAGAGAGACUGCAGGAGUUUAGCCAGAAGAUGGACCAGAUCAUCGAAGGUAACAUGAAGACCCACUUUAUUAUGGAUGAUCCAGCAGGAAACAGUUACUUGCAGAAUGUGUAUGCACCUGAAGAUGAUCCUGAGAUGAAGGUGGAGCGUUACAAGCGCACCUUUGACCAAAAUGAGGAGCUAGGGCUCAAUGACAUGAAGACAGAGGGCUAUGAGGCAGGCCUGGCUUCACAACGGUAGCAGUGGGGGGCUCAAGGGCCAGCGUCCAGUGCUGCUCUUUCUGUAGGUUAUUUAUUAGUAUCAGAAGAAGGCUGGGAGUGUCCUCCCCACCAGCCCUUGCCCAUGGUGGGGAGGACAUCUGGUCUGAGUCAGAGAUCUAUGCACACUUUCUAAACAGCUUGUGAUGUAAAUAUGAGCCUACUGUGUUACUUGACCUUAUUUUGGAAGUUUUGAAUUGGCCUAGGAGGAAACCCAGAAAUGAACCAGGGGUAUGUCAUUAUCACUUUUUUCAUAGCAAGUCCUUACCCUCCCUCCACUUAAUGCUCUGUCCUCUAAGGUCAGAACUCUGAAGUUGGAGAAGGUGGAAUAAAGUUACACCUGGA